AUUUUAAAUUCAAAAUAUUUUUAUCAACUUGCAGGGAACAUGUUUUCCAUCUCAUUUUCUGUCUUUUGAUAAUAAUGGUAGCCAAAUAUGCACUUCAAUAUUUUCUAAGAGACUGCAACAACAAUUUUACCGGACGCGUUCCCCGUGUGAGACAUUGUCUUCCCCUGCUCGGGCAUGGAAUCCAAAUGUCUGGAAAUGUCAUGGAUUUCCUAAGUGAAUGUUAUAAAAAAUAUGGAAAAAUAUUUCGCAUCAAAAUUUUUGGAUAUUCUGUAACAGUUUUGUGCGACCGUAAACUUGUAGCUGAACUAUUUAAGGCAAGCGAAUCGGAAAUGUCAGGCUUUGAGAAUUUAAGGAAAUUAUUUUUCGCUGAAAUCUUCUUUCCUACGUCCUCCCACUAUGAACGAUUUGUACAACUAACCAAGACCAUAGUGAGUGGAAAUUUAUCCAACUUCCUGGCAGAAAUUGAGGGGGAAGCGGCUAUUUGGGUUGAAAAUUUGAAUAUCAAGGUUAAAACUGGAGAAAAAAUCGACAUUUACGAAGAAUGUUCGCGAUUCGUAACCUCCACGAGCGCACGCUGUCUCACUGGACAAGUAAUUUCAAAGCCUUGCCUGGAUGCGCUGCAAAGUUUCUCAAAACUUUUAAACCAAGCCGUCCUUCUGUCCUACCUGUUGCCAAAAUGGGCACUCAGAUUACUGUAUAAAGCGCGACUUAUGAGACUCAUGGACAAGGUGGCGAAUCAAAUUUGCCAUGAUAUUGAAUCUCACAGGAUGGAUGAUCAAUUACAAAAAUCAAUGUUUCUUAGAACUGCUGUUGAUUUAAUGGAUGAUGCGACCGGGAAAUGCAUAUCAGUCCAGGAAGUGAAAUCCCUCUAUGUCCACCUGCUCUAUUCCAGUUCCAUAAAUACAGCAUUAAUGUUGAGCAACACUUUGUUAGAAAUGGCAACUCAGCCGUCUCUGUGGGAACAAAUUUUUGAGCAGACUGCUCCUUUCUUACGGGAAGAACAAAUUGGAACGAUUGGGAGGGAUGUCAAGUGCGAGAAUGUCAUAAUCAAGAACAAAUUGUUACACGCUACAAUAAUGGAAUCUGCACGAAUUAAUACGCAAAUUAUUUCAAUUGGACGGUCACCGGGUUCCAAAACUUCCCUUGGGUCUUUUUACUUGGGAGACGCUGAUUUCGUCGGAGUUUGUGGCGGCCUACUCCAGUGUCACAAGGACUUGGCUAGAGACCUGUAUCAAGAUCCCGAAAUAUUUAAUCCGUCCCGAUUUUUGUAUGGCUCCAUAGAAACCAUGUCACCUUUCGGGAUUACUGCGUGGGGUGGUGGAAUCCACUACUGUCCUGGAAAGAAAUUCGCCUUAUACGAGAUAAAAAUUGGAAUCGCCCAUUUCGUGAAUGCCUUCGUUCUGAAAGAACGCCAUGUACCGGAUGGUUCCCGCCGUGCUAAUCACUACUUGAUACAGCCCAUCGUUCAAAAACUGCUGGAUGUUGAGAUUUCAUCAAGGCCGUAGAGUUAUGCAGAAAUUCCACAAUCAUUUUAAAUAUAUGUA